UAGCCUGCACCUCUUGCCAGCGUCGCUUGUCCUUGCCGAGAACUCACCGACUGCUGCCUGGCCAUGAGCACUGCAUUUCUGCAGACUUCUUCCUCCCCCUUUGGGGGUAGCUCUACCCGGGGGGGUUCCCUCUGGGCUGGGGGAGGUGGCUUUGGUGGGGGGAAUUUCUUUGGGGGAGGUGGAAGCCGGAGUAUGUCAGCUUCUUCUGCCAGGUUUGUUUCCUCUGGGUCGGGAGGGGGCUAUGGGGGUGGCAUAAGCUGUGGCUUUGGCGGAGGGGCUGGUAGUGGUUUCAGUGGAGGCUUUGGAGGUGGCUUUGGUGACUUCGGUGGUGGCGAGGGUGGCCUCCUCUCUGGCAACGAGAAGAUCACCAUGCAGAACCUCAACGACCGCCUGGCCUCCUAUCUGGACAAGGUGCGCGCCCUGGAGGAGGCCAACACCGACCUGGAGGUGAAGAUCCGUGACUGGUACCAGAGGCAGAGCCCGGCCAGCCCGGAGCGCGACUACAGCCACUACUACAAGACCAUCGAGGAGCUCCGGGACAAGAUCCUGGCGGCCACCAUUGAUAACUCCCGGGUCAUCCUGGAGAUUGACAACGCCAGGCUGGCUGCGGACGACUUCAGACUCAAGUAUGAGAAUGAGCUGGCUCUGCGCCAGAGCGUGGAGGCCGACAUCAACGGCCUGCGCAGGGUGCUGGACGAGCUGACCCUGGCCAAGGCUGACCUGGAGAUGCAGAUCGAGAGCCUGAAUGAGGAGCUGGCCUACCUGAAGAAGAACCACGAGGAGGAGAUGAGGGAGUUUGGUAGCCAGGUGGCCGGUCAGGUCAAUGUGGAGAUGGACGCAGCCCCAGGUGUGGACCUGACCCGUGUGCUGGCGGAGAUGAGGGAACAGUACGAGGCCAUGGCGGAGAAGAACCGCCGCGACGCCGAGGCCUGGUUCUUCAGCAAGACAGAGGAGCUGAACAAGGAGGUGGCCUCCAACACAGAGAUGAUCCAGACCAGCAAGACGGAGAUCACAGACCUGAGACGCACCUUGCAGGGGCUGGAGAUCGAGCUGCAGUCCCAGCUCAGCAUGAAAGCUGGGCUGGAGAGCUCCCUGGCGGAGACGGAGUGCCGCUAUGCCACGCAGCUGGCACAGAUCCAGGGGCUCAUCAGUGGCCUCGAGGCCCAGCUGAGUGAGCUUCGCUGCGAGAUGGAGUCUCAGAACCAGGAGUACAAAAUCCUGCUGGACAUCAAGACGCGGCUGGAGCAGGAGAUCGCUACUUACCGCAGCCUGCUGGAGGGCCAAGACGCCAGGAUGGCUGGCGUUGGCACCAGAGAAGCCUCCCUGGGAAGUGGCAGCAGUGGCAAAGUCCGUAUCAACGUCGAGGAGUCAGUGGAUGGAAAGGUGGUGUCUUCCCACAAGAGAGAAAUCUAAGUGCUCAGUGCAGGAGAGAGGCCCCUCGCCACCCCCACCCUCCCCAGGCUGAGCAGAGGACUAGCUAGAGGGGCCGGAAAAGCAAAUUCAUUUCUGCCUUCAGAAGGUCCAGCUCAAGAGGGUCCCUUGUCUCUUAGUUUGGAGCUUUACAUGUUCUCCUUCGCACUGCCCUCUAGUUCUCCCUGCCUCCUUUAGAGCAAGAAGGUGCGAGAAGCAGCUGUAUUGUAUCACAAGUUCAUUUGUACUGUGUCUGCCCAUGCAAUAAAGAAUCGCUUUUCCUUUUGCAAAUA